AUGCCAACAACGAAGCAUCCACAAGGAGCAGAGAUUGCGAUGCGCAGCCACACAAAUUUUGACCUAGACUAUGCGUUUAUCUUUCCGCAAUCUCCAGUAGAUGUGGUGUCUAGUCAAGUCAUAAGUGGCAUGAUUCCGACUUCAAGCUCGUUCAAACCAAUGGAACAGGCCUCAAAUGUUCCAACACCAAAGCCUACGAAGCCUACAUGCUCUGUUGCCGCUGAGCCUACGAAUCGCUUAGCAUUCCCACUAGCAACAGACAUGGAUGCCGAGAAUCUCUCUCCAUAUCAGUGUUAUCUGCGUGAGCAGAUCGAACUCUUUGAAACUGAAAAGGAUGACAUGGCCAUCAAGGCUCAAGGUCGAAAUACUCCUAUUCAGCUUGGUCAGGUUGGGAUCAGGUGCCGCCAUUGUGCCCCUUUUGCACGAUCCAAUCGGGUCACAAAUGGGGCUCAUCAGUUCUCGAUGAGUGUUAAUGGAGUCUAUAAAGUGGCUCUGAAGAUGGGUCGGUUGCACUUUCGUGACUGCCCAAUGCUGCCCGAGAAGGUGAAGAAACGAUUGCUCGAACUGAAGCAGCUCCCUCGCAAGCGGGGAAGAGGAAGGGAGUACUGGAAAGAGACUCUAGAAGUCCAAGGUUUAGUUGAAGAUCACAGGUGCCUUCGAUUCAAGCCAUGCCCAUGGCCUGGGCAAGGUUAA